AUGGGAAGCUUAGGCCCACUCUCCCAGUUAAAGCAAAUCGCGGUAGCAGCAUCCCGGGAAGGGAAGCUUGUGACCGCGGACGACCUAUGUUCCGACAGAAAACAGCAUGAAGAAGACUUGUUUAAGUCGGCUUUCACUACGCCACACCCUCACGUUGGCAAAGAAUGGAGUGAUGCGGAUCGUGUGUCCCCGUACCCUCUCCUAGUCCCAGAAUAUUUCGUCGAGAAUGCGAAGCAGCUGCAAGAAGCACUUGCGAUCGCGGUGGCCAACAUCGUGGAGCGAUGGGCUGAGACCGGUGAAGGGGGCGAUUCGCUUUCCCAACGCAUGCCACUGCAGCCUCAUGAGGAUGCUCUUCUUCGGUGGAUACACCAGAAAUCCAAAGAAGGAGUUAUCCCACCGUUCAAAGAGCGGAUGGGACACUGGAGGCCGGAUAUCCUACUCUCGACUACAGACGAUGGAGAUUUAUCCUUCCGCAUCUGCGAAAUCAACGCACGAUUUUUCCAAAACUCCCUCAUGUAUUCAAUGCAAGCUCUGACAACUUGUUCCCGAAUGCUUUCGGAUCACCCUGUGUUGCAACCAACAGCUGAUCCGGAACAUUUGCUUGAUUGUCUUUGCGGUCUUUUCGAUCCCAGCUUGCCGUUCCACAUGUUGGUUGGCUGGGGCAAGCCGAAAUUGUCAGAGGCAAUCUGCAAAGUAUUGAAAGAGCGAGCGGGGGUCUCAGCAAGGGUCAUCAGCCCCUCUGAUCUGCGUCUCGUCCCAGAUGACACGUCUCCUACUGGUUACAGACUGUACGCAGACUGCGGAAAGUCCGAUCUUGAUCAAAAUUCCACCCGUGCCGGCCUUGAGCCAGUCCAUCAGGUCGGACUGUACUUGUACCAGGACGAGUUCCGCCGUCUAAGCAUGGAGAUGCUCCAGCACAUAGCCCUCCGCUGUGUGAACGAUAUUCGAACUAUUCUCCUAGUAGCCGACAAGCGGAUCUUAGGGACUGUCCUCCAGGAGCUUGACGCCCUGGUCAAUGACUACAAGGUUCUCACCGCUGAACAAGCACGCAUCUUGCAAGAUGGAAUUGUUCCCACUGUUCUUCCUGGGUCUUCCGAACUCAAAGCCUUGAUCUCGCAAAGUCGCAACAACGCCGCCCUAAAGAACGAGUACAUUAUCAAGCCAUGUCGUGAUGCGGAAAGUGUUGGUAUUUUGUUCGGAGACGAGCUUCUGGGCGAGGAAUGGGAACGCCUGCUCGCUGAUAUGCAGGACCCGCGACUUUAUCCCCACCAGUUUCAGUAUAUUAUACAGCCUAUUGUCCGGCAGCCUGCCAUCAAUAUUUCACGCGAAGUUGACCCAGCACACGGCGAUAUGAACAUUGUCGGCCUCUAUUAUGCCUUCAACGGUCGUUACGAAGCUCUCGGUGCAUGGAGGGCGACACAUGGGCGACUCUCUUGUUACUCCAAGGGCGGUUUCAGAAUCCCCUCAGUGUCCAUGAAGUAG